AAUUUACGGAAAAGAAAGUAUUCGGUAGUUGUCAAGAUUGUAAAACUUGCCCUAAUAUUUGCGAUACUUGCCAAAUUAAAGUUAACGAUAGGCAAGAGGAAGUAAAACAAAAAUUUCAAACUGAUCCUGAUUACGCUGUUAAAAUAACGGCAGAAUUUGUCAAAGUGGAAGUAUCAAAAGAAUACCCUUUACUAAUUAAAGAAACCUGA